AUGGUCUGCCUGUUACUGUAGGAGUCAAAGCAGCAUACAACUUCCUGUCAGUGUUAUAUUCAGUCAAAUCAAUAUUGCAUCAGCAAGUACAAAAAUACCUUAAAUAAUAUACCCAGUUCAAGUGAUGAGUGUUCCAGUCAGUUUUAUGUUGUAAAUAGUCACAAUAAAUAUCAAAAUCACAGGCACACUUCCACUAACAAAAACAUGUGCUUUUAUCUUCUGUGGGAACAGGUUAUGUUUCCCUGUAAAUGUAAGAGUCCAUGACCUUGACCCUCCAGAGUAGCUCCCAUCUUCUGUAUUCACCAGACAGUCAGCUCACAGCACACACAGAGCAUGAUGUUACUCUCGAUAGUAGUUCUCGCAUGCACUGUAUCGUCUACCCUGUCACAGUGUCUCACUGCUCAAGAUGACAGGCAGAACAAGGGCCAAAUAGCGCACCAGGAGCUCCUCCGUAGUCAGUUGGACUUUUCUCUCUCUUUGUUCAAGGCUGUUGGCAGUCAGCAGCCUUCAGAUAACGUCUUCAUCUCUCCUCUUAGUAUAUAUAAUGCCUUGCUGCUGGCAUAUUUUGUAUCAAGAGGCCACACAGAAGAAAGCCUUCACAAAUUUCUCUACUUACCAGCCAACCAGGAUAAACUGGACAUGCUGUUAUCAUACCGGGUGCAGAGGUUGAUCACUUCGUCUGGAGAGUACAAGUCGCAAUUUAACACAGCCAACCGUUUGUUUGUGUCUGUGGACCAAACUGUACUGGACUGUAUGAGUUUCUACUUCAAUGAUGAAAUAGAAAUGGUUGACUUCAGUGGACGAGGGCUGACUCAGGCAGUGGACCGCAUCAAUAAUUGGGUCGCUCAACAAACCAAAAACAACAUACAGAACAUGGUCUCUGCAGACAGCAUCAAUCCUGGCUCGCAGUUAAUUUUGGCAAAUGCAGCUUACUUCAAAGGAGACUGGAAAACUCAGUUUGAUGAAAGAGAUACAAGAAUGGUAUCAUUCUUUGUUAAUAAAGAUAAAUCAGUUAUGGUUCCAAUGAUGUAUCAACAGGAAACAUUCAAACACUGGAGAUCUAAUGAAGCAGGAGCUGAAAUUGUCGACUUGCCUUACAAGGGGAGUAACAUAAGUUUGCUCCUGUUACUGCCUGAUCCUUCCAGAGAGAUGUAUCCUGCUGCUAGCCUCCUGAGGAGACUAAAUACCACCAUUGUCCGGAACAUUAUCAGAGAGUCAGUAAAUCCUAGAAAUGAUGACAAAGUUGAAAUCAGAAUUCCUAAGUUCAAUGUUGAGAGGACUUUAGAGCUAACGGGGAUACUGGAAAGUCUAGGAAUUGGAGACCUAUUCCGUUCGACAUCUGACUUGACAGGACUAACUGGAGGGCCUCGCAUCCGACUCAAUAAUGCUAUACACAAAGCCAAGAUCCAAGUAGACGAGAGGGGCACAGAAGCCGCUGCAGCUACUGCCCUUACUGAUACUCGCAUUCCAGGCAGCAGCUUUGAUUGUGACCGCCCCUUUAUCUACCUACUGCUCGAUAAAUCUGGUGACAUCGACCGUGCAACCCUUUUGUUUGCUGGUAUCUAUACCGAUCCAACUAAAUAACGUUAUUCAUGUAAUAAUAAAUUUUACUCCACUUUCAUUGUUCUUUUGCCAAUCACAUGAUCAUAACUGGAAAAAAGUGCUUUAAAUGAACUCUUUUAGUGCCAAGACAGCUGUGAGCAACAGUUUUUACUAGUGCAAAAGUGCUGGAGUUGUUGACGUCAACGCUACAAAUAUGUUAUAGUAAAAUACUUUUUUAUUUAUUUUUCACUAUUUUGACUAAUAAAGUUAGCAUGCAUUUUA